AUGACUAAGACCGUUCUGAUCACUGGCUGUAGCUCUGGCAUAGGACAUGCACUUGCCCUCGAGUUCAAGGCAAAAGGUCUGAGAGUCUUCGCCACCGCCAGAAAGGCAUCCUCACUGGCAGAUUUGGAGGCUCGAGGCAUUGAGCCACUAUCGCUUGAAGUCACCAGCAUCGACAGUAUCAAAGCGUUGAAGGAUGAGGUUGCUUCUCGCACUGGUGGAGGGCUCGACUAUCUUGUCAACAAUGCAGGCCGCAACUACACCGUGCCCGCUCUCGACGUUGAUAUUGAUGAGGUCCGCUCGGUCUUCGAGACAAACGUCUUCGCCGUAAUGCGCAUGUGUCAGACCUUCGCACCCUUGCUCAUCGCAGCCAAAGGGACCAUCGUGCAAAUCGACAGCUUGGCGGGUAUCAUGCCCUACGUCUUCGGAUCCGUCUACGGCGCGUCGAAAGCGGCCUUGCACAGCUACAGCGACACUCUGCGCGUCGAGCUUGCGCCAUUUGACGUACGCGUCGUAAAUGUAAUCACAGGUGGCGUGAAGAGCGAUCUUGGUCGUAUCGAGCGAGUCCUGCCACGAGACUCUAUCUGUUUGCCAAUAGAGGAAGACUAUGCCAGGCGGCAGAAGUACACCUCCGCCCAGGCCAUCACCGCCGAAGACUAUGCGCACGCAGUGGUACCGCAGGUACUGAAUAUGACAGCUAAGGACACUCUCUGGGAGGGUGGAAUGGCAUGGGUGGUAUGGUUCCUGACGUUCUUUCCGCGGCGAGUUCUUGAUUGGCACUUCAGCAGAACCUUCAAGCUCUGGAAACUCAAGGGUAGCGACACCAAGAAGCUACGAUAG